AUGGCAGUAACAAUGUCGGACGGUCCGAAUCGGAAGGCUUGCGACAGGUGCCAUACCCAGAAGCUCAGCUGUAAGCGCGUCGGCGAUGAAGCUUGCGAGCGCUGUAUCAGGCUCAACACGCAGUGCAAAUCAAGCCCAUCCCUGCGGUAUCGGAAGCAACAUCAACAACAACCCACUGGCGACGUCGUGCGAAGAAGCAUUCCGUCGCCAAAGCGUCAGCGGACUGACGACGGGAGCCACGUUGUACAGCCCGAUCUGUCCAUUGUCAAGACCCAACCGGGUGAUUCUGUCCUGAGGAAUCCUGGGUUUGGUGAUCACGCUGUCUCGCCAGAUGCCAUGUUGGACAUUGUCAACUUCGACUUUGGCUUUGGCCAACCGAGCCUCUACCCCAACCCAGCGCCAAAUCAGCCUCUUCCGCCGCCAUUCCACGGUGAAAUCGACGACUUGAUGUCUGGAGAUUCCAUCUCUCACGCAUGGAGUCCCCCACACUCUGCAACAUCGGAGUCGGCAUUCACAUCUCCCGUGGGUCCCCACGCAGAUUCCGUCAGUCAAGUCUACCUGGGAAGCCCGGGCUCCUACAAACAGCCUCCGAGGCUUGGACCACCGCAGGACGAUAUCAGUCCCAUGAAAAGGCAGAGAAAACGCGCAAAGCAAAGAACUCGGCAAAUCACUCUUCAACCGGCUGCAAGUGGAAAGGCCCCGUCUGCCGAAGAGUGGAUGCCCCGGAUCAUCAACAUCAACUCCAGACUUUUCGAGCUAUCGUCAAGCCUCCGACACCACGUCGAACCUUCGGACUGUGCUGGACGAUCCAGCAUGGCCUCGAGUCCCGAUGAGGGCAAUGCGACGAUGACGCCUUUCCCCGUCGACGAAAUGUUCAAACUUUCACGCCACUUUGCCGAGAUACUUUCGGAGAUGGCACCGGUCGAGGACGCCUCCCCCGCUAGCGAGACGGACAGGCACCAGCCGGCUAGGGGACUCGACUCGCUGGCGGAUCCGGCGACUUGCCUCUUCAUUCUCUCCACAUAUGUCCGACUCCUCGACAUGUACCAGAAGGUGUUCAGCUGCAUUCACUAUCAACUAGCACAUUUGCAGCCGGCCAUCUUGUUUCAGUCUUGGAAACUCCCUGGCGUCACUGUCGGUUCCUUUGCGGUCGACUCGACGCCUUCACUGCAAAUGUCUCUUACAAUCCAGUUAGCCGAAGAGUUUCUCUUGCAGAUGCGGCGGGCAGCGUCUUCACUGGAUCCGACUCUGCGAUCGGCAGGUUCACCAUCAGGAAGGGUGCUCGACGCGAGCUCCAUGUUCUCCGGGGUAGUAGAUGUCUCGUUCCAGGCCCUGAAAAGGCAAGAAGAGAGCCUUGGUCAGGAGCUCAAGGACUUGCGUAAGGACAUGGAGUCCUUUCUGGACGCAUGA